AUGUGUGUGACGAAAUCGAACGCGAGAACAGGAACAACAUCAGCAGCGACGUUCGAUCGCCGCCGAUCGAAGGCACCACCGUUACGACGACGGAUGAUGAGAAUUGCGGCGAAGAAGAAGAAGGAGGAAGACGAGAUGGAAUCGGCGGAGGAAUCGAUCAAAGCGCCGUCGAUCCCGUCCGUGGCGGAUUCGCAAGACGAGGACGUGGAUUCGUGCGCCUUUGUUUUGUGCUCCAUCGAUAACGAACGAUUCGAGGAUCGAAGCGUGAUGUCCAUCAGCAUUCAAUCCAUUCCUGGACUCAUGCGAGUGAUUUCGUGGCUUCUCGAGGGUCUGGAUUUGGAAAUUUGGAACGCGAAAAUCACCACAGACACCGACGGGUUCGUGAAGAUGGACUUUGAAAUCGUGGAGAAGACGUACGACGACGCGUUCGUGAAGUUGACAGACCCCGAGGCGGUGAAAGAACGGUUGGAGGAUUACUUGAACUUUUGCGUGAGGAAAGGCCAAGGCGAGAAGGCGUUUGGAGUGAAGACGAGAAGAGGCGUGUGCGUGGAUAACGAGAGUAGCAAAGGGACGACGAUUGCAACGGUGGUGGUGAAUACGAGUCCGGUGAAGACGUUGUUGCCUAUUUCGAGCGCGGUGACUGCGUUGAAGUUGAAGAUUGAUUCCGCGGUGUUGGUUGGCGGCGAGAGCGACGGGGAGUGCUUCGUGGAUUGUAAAAAGUGGCGAUUUGAGCUUGUAAACGCUGAGAGUGGGAAGAAGUUGACCAGCCAAGAAGCGAACGCGUUGAUGUAUACGCUCACUUUGUUAAUACAAUCGGCUACGAAUGUUACGGGACAAGGGAAAAGUUCGAGCGCGGCGGCGAGAGAUAUCGGCGAGCCGGAACAAGUUCCACCCUUUUAA